GAAAAGGAAGUGAUUGGUAGAGUCAAGUCAAGUUAUUAUAAAUUUAUUCAAGGCUUCAAUUGCUGAGCAGUGUGUAUAGUGAAGAAUUUAUCAACAAGGACUUAUCUUUUGAUGUCAUCAGGAAAAGAAGGCACAGAUGAAUCAUCAAAAUGGAAUCUUGAGAGCAUUGAGAUUGAUCCCAUUGGGGAGGUGGUUCCUAAACCUGAUCAUGCAUCCAAUGAGGGAAGCAGUGUUAGGAGCAGGAAUGGUUUUCAGGAGAAAGGCAACAAGAUGGUGAGGCUGCCAUCAGGAGCAGCCAGAGGGCUAAAGGGUUUACGGUUCCUCGAUAGAACGGUCACAGGGAUAGAAGAUUAUGCAUGGAGGUCUAUUGAGAUGCGAUUUGCAAAACAUGCAGUUGAAGGGAAGCUCUCAAAAGACAAAUUUGCAGCCUGCAUGGGCAUGGGGGCAGAGUCAAAGGAUUUUGCUGGGGAACUCUAUGAAGCCUUGGCAAGGCGGAGGAAAAUUUAUGCAGAAAAUGGGAUUACUCUGGAUGAAGUUAGAGUAUUCUGGGAGGACAUGACUAACAAAGAUCUCGAAUCCAGACUACAAGUGUUCUUUGACAUGUGUGACAAGAACGGAGAUGGUAGGCUAUCAGAGGAAGAAGUCAUGGAGGUUAUCUUGUUGAGUGCCUCAGCAAAUAAGUUAGGAAAUCUCAAACAGCAUGCUGCUGAAUAUGCAGCUUUGAUCAUGGAAGAGCUUGAUCCGGAUCAUCAAGGAUACAUAGAGAUGUGGCAGCUAGAUACUCUGCUAGGGGUAAUGGUUAGUACUGAAGAUGUCACAAAAAAACUUUGUACUAAAACCCAAACUUUAUCUAGAACUAUGAUACCCAGAAAGUAUAGAACUCCCGUUAGCAAAUUUCUGUCUACAACCGCAGAUUUUGUGAUGGAUAAAUGGAAAAAAUUAUGGGUUUUCACACUUUGGUUGGCAAUAAACUUGGGGCUUUUCAUUUGGAAGUUUUGCCAAUAUCGUGAAAAAGGAGCGUUUGAAGUCAUGGGUUAUUGUGUCUGUUUUGCACAGGGUGCUGCUGAGACACUCAAGUUCAACAUGGCUCUAAUUGUGCUAACCAUGUGCAGAAUAACCCUUACAAAGCUAAGAGAAACCUUUCUUAGUAGAAUCAUCCCGUUCGAUGACAACAUAAACUUCCACAAGUGUAUUGCUGUUGCUGUAGGUAUAGGGACAUUGGUUCAUGUACUAAUGCAUGUCACUUGUGAUUUUCCAAGAUUAAUAACGUGCCCGUCGAAUAAGUUCAUGGCGAUUCUUGGGCCGGGUUUUGAUUAUCAGCAGCCUGAUUACCUUACCCUUGUUAGAAGUGUUGCUGGCUUAACUGGAAUUUUUAUGGUAUUGAUUAUGGCCUUCACGUUCACUCUAGCAACGAAUCAUUUCAGAAGAAGUGUUGUCAAUUUACCAUCCCCGCUGCAUAUUUUGGCCGGAUUCAAUGCCUUCUGGUAUGCACAUCAUUUGCUCAUUCUGGUUUACAUACUCCUGGUCAUACAUGGCUACUUUCUCUAUCUCACCAAGGAUUGGCAUAAGAAAACGACUUGGAUGUACCUUGCAGUUCCUCUUGUGCUCUACGCUUUUGAGAGAAUUUAUCCAUUUUUCAAGAGUAAAGAUCACCGAGUGAGCAUCAUUAAGGGAAUAAUAUACACAGGAAAUGUUCUAGCACUCUACAUGACCAAACCCUCAGGAUUCAAGUAUAAAAGUGGAAUGUACAUGUUUGUAAAGUGUCCAGAUAUAUCUAGUUUUGAAUGGCACCCUUUCUCCAUCACCUCUUCACCUGGAGAUGACUACUUGAGUGUCCAUAUAAGAAGCUUGGGAGAUUGGACUAGAGAACUCAAAACCAGGUUUGCAAAGGUUUGUGAGCCUCGGAGUGCAAAUUCAAGCUAUGACCCUUCAAUGCCAAGCAUUAUAUAUCCAAAGAUCCUCAUCAAAGGACCCUAUGGAGCCCCAGCACAAAACUACAAGCAUUAUGAUGUCCUCUUGCUUAUAGGUCUAGGAAUCGGGGCGACACCGAUGAUCAGUAUUUUGAAAGAUCUCCUGAACCACAUGAAAGAAAGAAGUCCUAUGGCGGAAUCCUUCCAUAGCAAUCACUCGGUGGAGGAAGAUAAAAAAUUUCCUGAAAGAGCAUAUUUUUAUUGGGUGACAAGGGAGCAGGCUUCAUUUGAAUGGUUCAAAGGUGCCAUGACUGAUAUUGCUGAAUAUGACAAUGAUGGUAUUAUAGAAAUGCACAACUAUCUGACUAGUGUGUAUGAGGAAUGUGAUGCACGGUCUGCUCUUAUUGCCAUGAUUCAGAAGCUGCAACAUGCUAAAAAUGGAGUUGAUGUAAUUUCAGAAAGCCGGAUACGAACUCAUUUUGGAAUACCCAACUGGGAAAAAGUCUUCACUCAAUUAGCUAGUGCACAUCCAAAUUCUCGGAUAGGUGUAUUCUACUGUGGAAGUCCUGCUCUUACAAAAACAUUGAAGAGCCUUUGUCAAGAGACCAGCCUAAACUCAUCUACACGCUUUCAAUUUCACAAGGAGAACUACUAAAGGAGCUAUUCACACAACAUGAUCAAUCCUGAACUAUUUCCUGCUGCUUCAUGAAACAGCAAAAGACCGUAGAUUGUUUUUUUAUAACCAUAGUUUAGAGAAUUUGGAUAAAAGUUUUUGCAAGUUACUUGUAUGUAGUAAGAUUUCUUAGAUAUAUUGUGUUGAUUAGGACUUAGGACUAUAUCUUUUUACCCUUUUUUUCUUUCACCUUUUUUUUCAUCUACUCUUUCUCUGCCUGAAAUGUAUCAUAUGGUUGCUGUGCAUUGGCCUUACCAUGUACCAGACAUUGUAAAUUGUAAUGCACUCUCAAUAAUAACACUGCAUUCACUUA